AUGACCACCAGCUCCAUUGACUCGGCCGCCGCGCCAAAGAAGAAGAACGGACACGCCCCGGACCCAGACAACGUCCCGACCCUCCAGUCGCUCGGUGUCCAGCUCGACCCGGACACCCUCCACUAUGUGGAAAACCCCGAGGCCCUUGCCAACGCUCUCGGUGGUAAUGGUGUCAAGGAUGUCUUUUCCAACCCCGUCGUCCUCAGUGCCGCGGCCUGCGCCUGUCUUGGUGGUCUUCUGUUCGGGUUCGACCAGGGUAUCCUCUCCAUUGUCCUCACGAUGAAGCAGUUCCUCACCCAGUUCCCCGAGACUGACAAGGACGCAAACUCCAAGGCCGGUCUGAACAAGGGUGUCAUGACCGGUCUCCUCGAGCUCGGUGCGUUCAUCGGUGCCAUCAUCAGUGGCUUCUUCGCCGACCGCUACAGCCGCAAGGCGUCCAUUGUCUUCGGCUCGGUCUGGUUUGUCAUUGGAAGUGUUAUCCAGUCCGCGGCCUACCAGUUUCCGACCCUCGUCGUCGGCCGCUUCAUCGGCGGAAUCGGGAUCGGCAUCUUGUCGUCAACCGCUCCAAUGUACAUCUCAGAAAUCGCCCCGCCCAACGUAAGAGGUUCGUUCCUCGUCCUAGAGGCCGCCUCGAUCGUAUUUGGCAUCGUUGUGAUGUUCUACAUAACCUACGGAACGCGCCACAUGUCCGGCGACUGGGCCUUCCGUGUCCCCUUCAUUGUCCAAAUGGCUCCUUGCGUCGGCCUGGCUGCUCUCCUGUGGUCGCUCCCCUACUCUCCCCGCUGGCUCGCCCAGGUUGGCCGCGACGAGGAGUCACUCGACAGCCUCGCCCGUCUCCGCCGCCUCCCAAAGACGUCGCCCCUCGUCCAGGCCGAGUGGAUCAGCAUCCGUGCCGAGGCCAUUCGCAACCGUGACGUGCUUGUGACUGCCCACCCUUCUCUGCAGGGCGGAGACUUCAAGAGCGAGGUCAAGCUCGAGGUUGCCGCCUGGGUCGACAUGUUCAAGCCCGGUGUCAUCAAGCGCACAAUGAUCGGCGUGAUGCUCAUGUUCUUCCAGCAAAUGACAGGAAUCAACGCUCUCAUCUACUACUCGCCCACCCUCUUUGAGCAGCUCGGCCUCGACUACGAAAUGCAGAUCACCCUCUCGGGCGUGCUCAACGUUGCCCAGUUUGUUGCCGUCGUCAUGGCCUUCCUCCUCCUUGACAAGGUCGGCCGUCGUCCUCCUCUCAUCUACGGCGCGUUCCUCAUUGCCGCGUCGCACUUUAUUGUCGCUGCCAUGAUCGGCGUUUACUCCAAGGACUGGGCUGCCCACCCCACCCAGGCCUGGGUCGGUGUUGCCUUCCUGUUCGCAUUCAUGAUCUUCUACGGAGUCGGCUGGGCUCCUGUCCCCUGGACGAUGCCUGCCGAGGUCCACUCGUCUUCGCGCCGCGCGAAGGGCGUUGCCAUCACCACCUGCACCAACUGGUUCUUCAACUUUAUCAUUGGCCUCAUUACCCCACCAUUCCUGCAGUCCGCGCCGUACGGAACCUUCAUCUUCUUCGGCGCCUUCGGUUUGCUCGGUGGUAUCUGGGCCAUCUUCAUCGCUCCCGAGACAAAGGGCAAGACGCUCGAGGAGGUCGACAAGCUGUUCCACAACAACGCGGCGGCCGACGAGGACCGCGCCAAGCAGAUGAUCAUCACGAGCAUCUGUGCCGGCGCGCCGUACCAGCCCUCGUGGGCGGUCGGUGACGCUGCCAACGGCGACACCCUGGACAAGAUUGACGGUGGCAAGAACGUGCAGGUCUGGGUUGAGAAGGCGUAA